AUCCACACAUGACACUGAAUCAUACCCGUAUUCAGUUGGUCUGAACUUAUUCACCCACUACUUGAGAAAAACACGCGCUUAUACAUUUUGUCCCUGUUUACCUUCCGUACUUACAGACAAGUAUGGCGGUUGUGGUGACUGCUUUGGUGGCGUAAAUAAUCAUCGUGUGCCUUUUUAAAGCAUAUUGCCCUCGGCAUUCGAGUUCAGCUGAAGGCUACAACUACAGUGCGACUAAGAUCAUCAUGCCGUCUUCUUGUGACUCUCUGAUGGAAGACAUCGAGGACAUGGUGUCUUCUAGUGACCCCACUCCUCAUGAAAGACAGUCUGCUAGAAAAAGUAUCAUACCAAGGGCAAGGAAGAAGAAAGAGCUCCUGAGCGAUGAGGAGCUUCAAGCUGACAGUUUGAUCCCUGGUACCCAAAAGAUCUGGAUGAAAACAUGGGGCUGCAGUCAUAACAACUCAGAUGGGGAGUACAUGGCUGGGCAGCUGGCUGCCAGCGGAUACAAGAUGACUGAUGACCCGACAGAAGCAGACGUGUGGUUGCUCAACAGCUGCACUGUGAAAAACCCUGCAGAGGAUCACUUCAGAAACUCAAUCAAAAAAGCCCAGGAACAGCAGAAAAAGGUGGUAGUAGCAGGAUGCGUUCCCCAGGCCCAGCCGAGGAUGGACUACCUCAAAGGUCUCAGCAUCAUUGGGGUCCAGCAGAUUGAUCGAGUGGUGGAAGUAGUGGACGAGGCUGUUAAAGGCCACUCGGUUCGUCUGUUGGGUCAGAAGAAAGAUGGAGGCCGAAGACUUGGAGGAGCUCGACUGGACCUCCCCAAGAUCAGGAAGAACCCUCUCAUUGAAAUCAUCUCCAUUAACACCGGGUGUCUGAAUGCGUGUACCUACUGCAAGACGAAGCAUGCAAGAGGAGACUUGGCCAGUUAUCCCAUAGAGGAGCUAGUGGAGAGAGCAAGGCAGUCUUUUCAGGAGGGAGUGUGCGAGAUCUGGUUGACCAGUGAGGACACCGGUGCUUACGGUAGAGACAUAGGGACAGACCUGCCCACGCUGCUGUGGAGACUGGUGGAGGAGAUUCCCGAAGGUGCCAUGCUAAGGCUGGGGAUGACGAAUCCACCAUAUAUCCUGGAACACCUAGAGGAGAUGGCCAAGAUUUUGAAUCAUCCACGCGUCUAUGCCUUCCUCCACGUUCCCGUGCAGUCAGCCUCUGAUAGCGUACUGAUGGAUAUGAAGAGAGAAUAUUGCAUUGACGACUUCAAACGAGUGGUAGACUUCCUUAAAGAAAGAGUCCCUGGUGUAACUAUUGCUACAGAUAUAAUCUGUGGUUUUCCCGGAGAGACUGAGGAAGACUUUGAAGCAACCAUAGACUUAGUGAAAGCCUAUCGAUUCCCUAGUCUUUUCAUCAACCAGUUUUACCCCCGACCCGGUACGCCUGCCGCCAGGUUGGAGCAAGUACCAGCACAUGUGAAGAAGCAAAGAACUAAAGAGCUGUCGCAGGUCUUCCACUCUUACAACCCUUAUGACCAUAAGGUAGGGGAGAGACAGCAUGUGUUGGUGACAGAGGAGUCAUUUGAUUCCCAAUACUAUGUGGCUCACAACAAGUACUACGAACAGGUGCUGGUACCUAAAAGGGUGGAGUUUAAAGGAAAGAUGAUUGUGGUGGACGUCUAUGAGGCAGGAAAACACUUCAUGAAAGGCAAACCAGUAGAGGAAAGUAAGCCGUUCACUCCUUCCAUUGCCAUGCCGCUUCAGAAAGGAGAGGUGUCUGGUCUGCUGCAGGAACAAAAGGUCAAUGGCGUCCAUGUUUCUGCUCCCACGCCUUCUUCGUGCACCUUCUCCAUUGGAUCUAAUAGUCUGGACAGAGAAAUGCUGAAGAAGAUUGGGAUCGGGCUCGCGCUGGCAGCAGUCAUCUUGGCUUAUAUUGUACAGAGAGUGUACUGAACAAUGACUGUUGUGUGCGCGGUCUUUUUUAUUGUAAUGUCAAUACCUUCUCUUGGCAGUCUAUCGGCAUGGUCAAACGGCUUCACCGAACACCUUUUAUACCAGUCUUUUUGGUACAAAUAAUUCACCAGAUUUAGGAUUUCAUUUAGAAUAUUUUUUAAGUGCUGAUUACUUGUGACAGUGACAGUAGAGCCAUUUCUUGCUUAGGAAAAAGGUAAAAGUGUGUUUUGUUUAGUUCUUACUGAUGGCUACUGGUGCAGCUGUUACACAGAUAUUCAGUUGAUCAUAUAUUCAGGGCUUUACCAUCAGUACGAGUCUGAUCUGUCACUCUGCAUCCUUUUAAAUUGGACCGUGAUUUAGCUUGGUUUAUUUCAUUUCGUGAAACUGAGUGAUGAUCUGUGUUAUACUUUGAUUAAAGUGUGUACAACUUC